AUGCUUCUGUUGUUUGAAAACCCUGGAGGGUUUAUGCUCUUCAAAGUGUUGAAGGAUGACGGCAAGUUCACCAAGGCUCAUGACAUAGCGAAGGAGUUUGAAACUGGAGAGUCAGCAAGAAAGGUUGUCAAACUGAAAGCUUUCUCCAAGUUUGAGAAUAUGUCAGAGGCUCUCGAGGCAGCAACGAUGUUGAUCGACAGUAAACCCACCAAGGAUCUGCGCAAGUUCUUGAAAAAGCACUGUGAGGGUGAAAUUCUGGGUGUUGCAGAUUCAAAGCUAGGAAAUAUCAUCAAGGAGAAACUGAAAAUUGAAUGUGUUCAUGACAAUGCUGUGAUGGAGUUGAUGAGAGGUAUUAGAAGUCAGUUGAAUGAUGUUGUAACGGGUUUACAACUUCAAGACAUGGCACCAAUGAGCUUGGGUUUAUCUCAUAGUUUAUCUAGAUACAAGCUCAAGUUCAGUGCCGAUAAGGUUGAUACUAUGGUUAUUCAAGCCAUUGGUUUGCUUGAUGAUCUUGAUAAAGAGUUAAAUACAUAUGCUAUGAGAGUUCGAGAAUGGUAUGGUUGGCAUUUUCCAGAACUUGCUAAGAUCAUACAGGACAAUAUUGCUUACGCCAAGGCAGUAAAGCUGAUGGGCUUUCGUGUUAAUGCUGCAAAGCUUGAUUUCUCAGAGAUAUUAUCGGACGAGGUUGAGACUGAAUUGAAGGAAGCAGCUGUUAUAUCUAUGGGAACCGAAAUUAGUGACCUUGAUUUGAUUAACAUCAAGGAACUCUGCGAACAAGUCCUUUCUCUAGCUGAGUAUAGAGCCCAGCUAUUUGAUUAUCUAAAAACAAGGAUGAACACUAUUGCACCAAAUUUGACUGCUUUGGUUGGGGAGCUUGUUGGUGCUCGCCUCAUUGCCCAUGGUGGUAGCUUGGUGAACCUUGCAAAGCAGCCUGGGAGCACAAUUCAGAUUCUUGGAGCUGAAAAGGCUCUCUUUAGGGCUCUCAAGACUAAGCAUGCAACUCCAAAAUAUGGGCUUAUCUACCAUGCAUCCUUGGUUGGUCAGGCAGCUCCAAAGCUCAAGGGUAAAAUUUCUAGGACGCUUGCUAGCAAAGCUGUACUUUCAAUAAGAAUUGAUGCUCUUAGAGAGGGAGAUAGCCUAGAUAACUCGGUGGGAGUAGAAAGUCGAGGCAAAGUGGAAGCACGGAUAAGGAGUCUUGAAGGGAAAGCAUUGAGUCAGUCUGCUGGAUCGACUAAAGGAAAGCCAUUGAUAGAAGCCUAUGACAAGGAUCGCAAGAAGGGUGCUGGAGGAUUGAUAACUGCUGCCAAGGCAUAUAAUCCUGCAGCAGAUUCAGUUCUAGGGCAAACCACUCCUGCUGGAAAGACUGAUGAAACAACGAACGAGAAGAAGAAAAGGAAGAAGGUUGAUGACGAGGACAUGCCCGACACAAAUGACAAUGUGGAGCCAGAAGAUGAAGAGCCAGUGAAGAAGGAAAAGAAGGAAAAGAAGAAAAAGAAGAAACAAUCAGCUGAGGAUGUUGAGGUACAGAAUGGUGAGGUUGAGAAGAAGAAAAGGAAAAGAAAACAUGCCGAAGAAGAGGAAGAAUCUGAAGCUCCAAGCAAGAAGAAAGAGAAGAAGAAAAAGAAGAAGAAUGACGAUUGAGGAACUUGAGCAACUUGGACAAUUUUGGUCAACUUAGGCACUCGGUCGGCUUUCUAUAUAUAGAAUGUGGUUUCUGUUCUAUCCCUUUGCUAGUGUGGACAUUUUAAGCUACUUCUGCAGUUAUGUAACCUCUAAUUUAUUUUCUUAUGGACAACUGUUGCAUGAAGUUGGUCAAAGGAGUCCUAUUGAAGUGGUAUCUAUUUUGAGUU